UUCCGGUAGGGUCAGUGGGCACGUCGGCUGAGGCAGUGAGGGAUCUCUGUUGUCCGCUGAGUUUUUCCAGGACUGAGCAGACAUGGCGGCGGCUUUCCGGAAGGCGGCAAAGUCCCGGCAGCGAGAACACCGAGAGCGAAGCCAGCCCGGCUUUCGAAAACAUCUGGGCCUGCUGGAGAAAAAGAAAGAUUACAAACUUCGUGCCGAUGACUACCAUAAAAAACAAGAAUACCUCAGAGCGCUCCGGAAGAAGGCUCUUGAAAAAAAUCCAGAUGAAUUCUACUAUAAAAUGACUCGGGUUAAACUCCAGGAUGGAGUUCAUGUUAUUAAGGAAACUAAGGAAGAAGUGACUCCAGAGCAGCUAAAGCUGAUGAGAACUCAGGAUGUCAAAUAUAUAGAAAUGAAAAGGGUUGCAGAAGCUAAGAAAAUCGAAAGACUAAAAUCAGAGCUCCAUCUGCUGGAUUUCCAGGGGAAGCAACAGAAUAAGCAUGUGUUCUUUUUUGACACCAAAAAGGAAGUUGAACAGUUUGAUAUUGCAACUCACCUGCAGACAGCCCCGGAACUAGUCGACAGAGUCUUUAAUAGACCCAGGAUAGAGACCUUGCAGAAGGAAAAAGUGAAAGGAGUUACCCAUCAGACUCGACUUAAGCAGAUAGCUAAGGAAAGGCAAAAGCAAUAUAACUGCCUUACACAGCGGAUUGAUCGAGAGAAGAAAUUGUUCGUUAUUGCACAGAAAAUUCAAACACGCAAAGAUCUUAUGGAUAAAACUCAGAAGGUAAAGGUGAAGAAUGAAACAGUGAAUUCCCCAGCUAUUUACAAAUUUCAGAGUCGUCGAAAACGUUGACAUGUUAUAGAUAAGCCUUAUUAUUCUGCAUUGAAAAGAAAUCUGUUUUUUUUCCUAGUAACUUCAAAUUCCAUUAGUCCAAAUGGCAUGGUUUUCCUGUUUGUACCCAUAAUUUAUUGUUGAUCUGACAUUUGAUGUCUUUCUAUGAACAUCAUUAAAGCCUCCUUCCCCUGUGUUACUGUUUUUGCAUUGUAAAGUCAGUCUCAUUUUUAUACCCAGGUACUUCAAAAAGUUCGUGGAAAAAUGGAAUUAAAAGAUGAUACGAAUUUUUCCACGAACUUUUUGAAAUACUCUUACAUAAAAUUUUUUUUUUCAUUAUGAAAGUGAUAUAAUCUCAUUAUAGCAGAUUUUGAAAAUAGAAUUCACCCCUAAUCCCAGUACUUACUCAAGAACAACAAAUAUUUAUUGCAUACUUAUUGUGCUAGGGGUUAGAGCUGUGGAGGUAAACAGCUACUGUGAGCAUUCUUGUUUAUUUCCUCCAUUUUGUAAAGCUAUGACUGUUUUUGUUUGUAUUUUUGUGUUUUGUAGUUGUAAUUAUUUUAAACAUUUUUAUAUCCUAACUUUUCAAUGAACUCAUUUAUCCUUUUCCAUUUUGUAACGUUAUUACAUUUUUAAAAAGAAAUAUAUGCUCAUGGUAAAAAUUAAAA